CGUUAACUUCGGUGUCCCUUAACAACCACCACCACAACAGCCAACAAUAACAAUAAUAAUAGUCAGCAUGGAUACUGCUACAAGCCUUCUCAACACUUUAGUAAAACUACCAAAUUCCAGCCAGGAAGCUGAGACACUGCUAGAGCAAAUUGUACCAAGAAUUUCAACAGGCAAGUUAUCCCUGCAUGAAGUUGUGGAAGCAUUAGGCACAAGCUUAACACACAGCAACCCAGGAGACAGGGCAGCUGGAACCCGCUUUCUGGCUGAUCUUCUACAUUCCCUCCCAGCAGACCGUCUAAACUCACAAGAACUGUCUUUCUUAGCUGCAUUUUUCAUAGACCGACUGAAGGAUCAUCAUUCUGUUAUUCCUAGUGUCAUUUAUGCCUACAUAGCUCUGGUGAAGCAGAAGAAUAUCAAGAGAGAGGAUGUUAUAAGCCUGGUACGAGGAUUGUUCCGUGAGGUACAUUGUCAGUCACAGAUCAUGUCUGACAGAAGAAACAUCUAUACUUUUCUAAAAUAUUGCCUAGUAAAUAAAUUAGAAGAUGUGCAAGAACUUGGCCAAGACUUUGUUCUGGGGUUUAUCUCUGCAAUGGAUGGAGAAAAGGAUCCACGGAAUUUGGUGCUACUUUUUACUACAGUGCCAAUAAUUGUUAAGUGCUUUCCUCUUGGACAUUUCACCGAAGAUAUGUUUGAAGUUGUGGCUGCUUAUUUCCCUAUAGACUUUGUUCCACCAGCUAGUGAUCCCUAUGGCAUCUCAUCAGAAGACCUGGUGCUGAGUUUGAGGUGUGCCUUAUCAUCCACACCACUGUUUGCUCCCUACUGUGUACCUCUUCUCCAAGAGAAGCUUGAUUCAGAUGUCAUCUCUGCUAAACUGGAUGCAUUACAUACUUUGGUGACCUGCUGUGAGUUGUAUGGAGCUGAAGACAUCAGUCCACAUGUAUUACCACUGUGGGCCAGCAUAAGACGAGAAAUUGUUGAGGGAGUGAGUGAUGAGGUUGAGGAAGCAGCACUCUCAGCUCUCACUGCUAUAGUUAUGACACUGCAGCGUGGAAUAGUAUCACAAGCCUCUCGAGAUGAAACACGUGAGCUUACCAACUCAGCCUUAAGAGAGUGUGUGGGACACCUGACAGCACCAGAACAACGUCUGAUGUUUCCAAGUGCUCACCUUCUUCUUGCUCUUGUUGUUGCUCAUGAGGCUACAGCUCAAGCAGUGUGUGAAAUGGUGGUACCCCUUCUUGCUGAACAGUUUGAAGCCAAGUGUGAAGAGACAGCCAAAAAGAAAACCAUUACAAUACUCGGAAAAUUCUUGAAUAAGGGAGCAAAAUUUCCAAAUUUACUGGAAGAGAAUGGCAGUAUAGGGAAAUAUGAGAUUUCUUGUUGGGCUGCAUUUUCUCGAGGUCUGUCAGGAGAGACAUCUUCACUUCAGGAAGCCACUGUGUCAGCUCUCACUACUGCUUUGCCUGCAUUUAAACCUCAAACUCUCGGCUUGGUGGCUCACUCCUUAACCACACUGCUCCUCACCAAAAAUAAUGAUUUACUUAGAGAUAGUAUAAUGCAGACUUUUGUUGCUCUUUGGAACAUCCAGCCUUUGACCAUCAGUGAUCAUAUUUUGCCGAAGCUUCUAGUGGAAUUGGAAGAAGGUUAUUCAACUAAUUCACAUGUCAGCAAGAGCCAGAUUUUGGAAACGCUUGCUAUUCUAACCAGAGGACGGUUGCUGAUCUCCUGUGUUUUGCCUGUCAUCUGGGGACUGGCAGAAAAUACUGUGUGUGUAUCAGCUGAUGAGUGUUGUCUCCAUCUCUCCUGUGUGAUAAAGAUUUUGAAGAAUGCAAAUGAACAUGAAUGCCAAACCUACAUACUGGAGGAUUGGAAUGGCAUUAUGAAAGUACUUAGCCUCUACAUGUCUACCAUUCUUACUUCACACGUGGCCAACACUGUUUCAGUUCUUCGAUGCCUUUCCAGUGUUUGUAGGAUAUUAGUGGCCAGACUUAGUAACCCGCAGCCUCUAGUUGAGUCAUUCAUAAACUUGGCUACGCUGGAAGGAGCAGAGGAAGUUGAAGGACCUGCAGGUGAAUAUGUCUCCAAAUACCCAGAGAUUAGGAAACUGAUGUCCAACAUCACUGAUGAAAGCCAUCCUUGUGCAUCAUUCAUGGUGUAUUUGUUAGAAGGCAUCAUGAUGGGUGUACACCACUUGUCUGACACUGAUGGCCUCCAGCAGCUGCUAAGAAAACUUAGAAGUUUAAGUUUAUUCCACACUGAAGUUGGACUAAGAGAAACCUCAGCCAUCCUCCAUGCUACCAUUAUUAAUAAAAUUCCAGUUGGGUCUUCAUUCACUCAAGCACUAGAAGAGAGUAAAGAGGAACUUAACAAGGCAUUUGAUAUGACUCAUGCAUUUGAGAGACAGCAAGCUGCACUCUACACACUAACAUGGUUGUGUAAAGCUCUAGUGGUGCGUGGUGCUCAAAAUCAGCAUGAGUGGACAGCUAAGAUGCAAAAGUUACUUGGUGAUGCAAACCUUGGCUUAGAGGCUGCCCACAGCUUUGAUGUUAUCUUAAAGGAUCAUGAAUAUGCUCUAAGACCAGAGACCUUUGCUAAUAUAAGAUUGCUGUACAAGCAGAGAUAUUUUGAAGGUGUGGUAGGGCCACUAGUGGACAUGUUUCACCAAAGUGAGGGCAGUACCAAGCACAAUUCUCUACUGGCCCUCUCAUCACUCUUAUCAUCAUUACCUUACCUCAUUCUUAACGCUCAUAUCGAAAAGUUGCUGCCAGUGUUGCUUCAGGGUAUUACAUGUGGAGAGUCAGCAUUAACAGAGAGUACCGUUUGUACACUGGCCACCAUCCUCAAGCAAUCUGUUCUCCAUGCUGCUCCAUAUACUAGCAUGCUCAUUGCAAUGCUUGUUCCACUCACUGUCAACCACCCACUGAUUGUACGCAUGAAGGCAUUGGAGUGUCUUGAGGCUAUAGCUUCUUUACCAACAUCCACUGUGCUGCCGUAUAAAGAAGAUGUGAUUAGAGGACUGCGAAAUGCAUUGAAUGACAAGAAACGUGUUACUCGCAAAGUUGCUGCAAGUGCCCGCUGUAGCUGGAUUCUUGUUGGGGCACCAGGUAGCAACAGUGUCUAGGGUUGCCACUUGUACAGUAAAGUGUACAAAAAACUUGGUGAAAAGUAAGGGUGCCAGCUGUGCCAUAGGCACAAUUAAGAGAACAUUGUGUCAACAUCUGUGGUUAAAGACUUCAUCCUACUACAGAUAAUAAAUACUGUAUUGGCAGAACAAUGGUAGAAGUUUUCAAGCGGAAACUGGACUGCACCUACUCUAAGUUCGAGAUCAGGUAGGCUGUGAUGGUUAACCCUUAAACUGUCCAGACGUAGAGCUAUGUUCACGUGCGUAGCGCUCCGAUCGUAGAUCUACGGUUUAUUUUACAUGCUUUCAGCCUUGGCACGAUAAGCCUGAGUUGCCUAGACAUGAGAGAAUGAGUCUAUGCUCUCAGUGUGCACAGUAUGACAAAAUUCGAGGAGGCUGGGAAAAAUGCGCUCUUUAUUUUAAAAAAAAAAAAAUUUUUUUUUUCUUUCCCAAAAUGUUCAGAGCGGUAUGCACACGAACAUUGAUCUACGUUUGGACAGUUUAAGGAUUAAGUAGACCUGUGGGUAACUAGGAGCAACAACCUGAUUGGCCAGGGCAACAGAAUCGUAGCCUCAAGAUGAGCUGCAGGGUAUAGUAGUGCCUAUUAUAUGUAUAUACUUUUGUGGCAGCAGGCAGUUAGUGAACGCUGUAUACGGGUCCUUAUUAGUGCAGCAGGCAACACUGUAUACAUUUUAUGUGGAUGCAUGUUGGUUCAUUAGGCUUCAUAAGAUUCUAGGGUUUUAGCUUCAUAAUAUUAAGUACAUUAUAUCCUUUACAUUAUCUGUUUUUUUAACACACGUGAUAUGUACAAUAGAAGUGCAGUAAUUUUUGUUACAUCAGACUUUAUCAUGAUGUUUAAUUAAUUUGUAAAUAAGUGUUAAGAAACAUUAUUUUGCACUGUACAGAAUAAAAUAACAUGCUACUAAU